AUGCUGCAGGCGCCCUGGAGCAAGAACGCCACGCUGCGCGGGCAAGCAGGCGCCGCCACGACGCCGCGGACGCACGGGCUGCUUCCCGCCGCCACGGAGCCUGCUGCGGCCGGAGCUCCUCCCGGCAGUCCCGGCGGCGCGCACAUGGUGGCAGCGAGCAGCCUGCUGUCGCUGCUGGUGGUGUGGACCCUCCUGGGGAACGUGCUGGUGUGCGCCGCCAUAGUGGGCUCGCGGCACCUGCGCGCUAAGGUCACGCACAUCUUCAUAGUCUCCUUAGCCGUCUCGGAUCUGCUGGUGGCGCUGCUGGUCAUGCCCUGGAAGGCGGCGGCCGAGGUGGCGGGCUACUGGCCCUUCGGCGCCUUCUGCAGCGUCUGGGUGGCCUUCGACAUCAUGUUCUAUGCCUCCAUCCUCAACCUGUGCGUCGACAGGUACUGGGCCAUCUCCAGUCCCUUCAGGUACGAGAGGAAGAUGACCCCCCGCGUGGCUCUGGCCAUGGUCGGCCUGGCCUGGGCGCUCUCCAUCCUCAUCUCCUUCCUCCCCGUCCAGCUCAACUGGCACAAAGGCCACGACCCGCGCACCCCUGCCGGCGCCGCCCCCUGGACCGCCAGCCCGGACCCGGAGAGCGUCUCCUCGUGGGCCGAUGGCUUGGGCAGCAGCAACAGCACGGCGGCGCCGUCGGAGCAGUGCGACUCCAGUCUGAACCGGACCUACGCCAUCUCCUCCUCGCUGAUCAGCUUCUACAUUCCCGUGGCCAUCAUGAUCGUCACCUACACGCGGAUCUACCGGAUUGCUCAGGUGCAGAUCCGUCGGAUCUCGUCGCUGGAGAGGGCGGCCGAGCACGCCGAGAGUUGCCGCAGCGCCUGGCGCCUGGACUGCGCGCACCCUCUGCACCACCAUCAGCACCACUCGGGCCUCAAGUCGUCGCUGCGCAAGGAAACCAAGGUCCUCAAGACGCUCUCGGUCAUCAUGGGGGUUUUCGUCUGCUGCUGGCUGCCUUUCUUCGUCCUCAACUGCAUGGUGCCCUUCUGCGACAGGCCCCCCGGUGACCCCGGCGCCGGCCUGCCCUGCGUCAGCGACACCACCUUCGACGUCUUCGUCUGGUUCGGCUGGGCCAACUCCUCCCUCAACCCCAUCAUCUACGCCUUCAACGCCGACUUCAGGAAGGUCUUCUCCCGCCUCCUGGGCUGCAGCCGGCCGUGCUCGGGCUCCCCGGUGGAGACGGCCAACCUCAGCCACGAGCUCAUCUCUUGCAACCAAGACACUUUCUUCUUCCGCAGGGAAGGCGACACCGACGCCAACAGGAUCCCCAACGUGGGGGGCGGCGGCUGGGGAGGCCCUUUCGACGGCGCGUCCCAGAUCUCUCCCGACCAAGAGGGCGCCACCGAGUUUGGCGACUGCGAGGGGGACAUUUCGCUGGGCAGAAUUUCCCCCCUCACCCCCACUUGUCUACUUUAG